GUUUUGGUGAUAUUUGUUCGAGGUUCCAGAUGCUUUUGACACCCCGCCAAAUUGCAGUUCAGAGAGCAUAAUUUAGGCUUUUUCUUUGGUCAUGGCGUAACUCUCAGGCGUACGGCAGCCCAUACGAUCUUUUUCGUGAAGCUUUUUCGUCAUUUCUCACAUCAACCCUCCCAGCACGCGACCUCCUCCGUUUGCCAACCCCUGAUAUCUGAUUUCCGAAGGGCAAUUCGAGUAGAGAAAGGAGCUCUUUCUGGCCGGAGACGAGGCACACGAGCCCAACAGCAAUCUCGGCACAUCCUCGCAGCCGCCUGGACCCCCAGGCUGCUCCCGCUGACAACCCACAUUGACCUUCGUCCUCCACCUCACUUCGCCCUCCUCCAUCCCCCGACACAAUCUCCCCUUCAAACUCUUUCACAACAACACAAAUCCUUUCUCCUCACGUAAUCCUCCCACCCAACACCCCCGGGAACCUCGCGACCACGCUCCUCUCACGCCCAAUCGACAUUGCUCGCUCCAUCGACCGAGGUUGCACCCAUAAGACGACACACACAAGAAACAACGCCUUGCCUGGACUUGACAACACUUGAAAGAUGGGUCAGACUUUGAGUGAGCCUGUGGUUGAGAAAAACUCUGAGGAAGGCUCUGAUGAGUGUGUUAUCUAUGGCCUUUCUGCCAUGCAAGGAUGGCGCAUCAGCAUGGAAGAUGCUCACUCUGCCGUGCUUGAUCUUCAAGCAAAGUACCUGGCUAAAGACCACCACCCAACAGACCCAAGUAAACGCCUGUCUUUCUUUGGUGUUUAUGACGGGCAUGGAGGUGAACAGAUGGCCCUGUAUGCGGGGAAAAACGUCUCAAGAAUUGUUACCAACCAGGAGACAUUCGCGCGUGGAGAUAUAGAACAGGCGCUGAAAGAUGGAUACCUUGCAACUGACCGCGCCAUUCUUGAAGAUCCUAAUUAUGAAGAAGAAGUUUCAGGCUGCACUGCAGCUGUGGCUAUUGUCUCAAAGGAUAAGAUCAGAGUCGCAAACGCAGGUGAUUCCAGAUCUGUUUUAGGUGUCAAGGGUCGUGCGAAGCCGCUCUCCUUUGAUCAUAAGCCCCAGAAUGAAGGUGAAAAGGCAAGAAUUAGUGCGGCUGGCGGUUUUGUUGACUUUGGUCGUGUCAAUGGCAACCUUGCUCUAUCCCGCGCCUUGGGGGAUUUUGAAUUCAAGAAAAGUCCGGAUCUGUCGCCUGAACAGCAAAUUGUGACUGCUUAUCCUGAUGUCACCACUCAUGAGAUAACUGAAGAUGACGAGUUUCUCGUUAUUGCCUGCGACGGAAUCUGGGACUGCCAGUCGUCUCAGGCUGUUGUCGAAUUUGUUCGACGUGGAAUUGCCGCAAAACAGGAAUUGCACCGGAUUUGCGAGAACCUCAUGGAUAAUUGUCUGGCUUCCAACAGUGAGACCGGUGGUGUUGGUUGUGACAAUAUGACUAUGAUCAUUGUCGGUUUUCUCAAUGGUAAAACGAAAGAAGAGUGGUAUAACAUGAUUGCUGAACGAGUUGCAAACAACGAUGGACCCUGCGCUCCUCCGGAGUAUGCUCAAUUUCGAGGUCCUGGCGUUCGACGUCAAUUCGAUGACAGCCCUGAUGAAUACGAUCCAGGACUUGAUAGCCGGCCAACCGGUCGCAGCGGCAGAAUCAUCCUCCUCGGUGAUGGUACCGAAUUGCUGACUGAUAUGGGAGAUGGAGAGAUGUUCGAAAAUGGGGACAGAGUCUCUGAGCAAGAGUCUACGCGUGAAGUCACUAGCUCUGUUGAUGAACCGAGAAACGAACCGGAAGCAAGCACCACCGAGAUGAAUCCUCCAGCCCCAGCUGGAGUCGAGCAGUCUGCCAAUGCGUCUACCACCGAAGAGCAACCGAAAACCACCUAAAAUGCGUCCGUCUUCUUUCAGUUUAUUCUUCGAAAGUAAUGAUUCUGCAUUAACCAGUGUUGGGGGUAUUUGACAUGAGCUCGAGCUUUGUGACCUUUUCGUGAUGGAUUUUUCUUCUCCUUUUUCCAUUUCUUUGCUUCUUGUACUUGCUGAUUAUUUUCCCCUGGGCUUCCGUGGCGUGCCUGCGGAGGCCUCAUGACGAAUACAACUUUCGACUACAUACGUGAGCCUUCGGCGCUGCCGUGCACGUAUGCUAUGCCCUUGUCACCAGCUUUUUCGACUUUUCUUUUCCUCUAUGAAUGCAUUUCCUGUCUUGCCAAAGGAGGUUAUUCGAUGAAUGAAUGAGACUCGCAUGAAACGACGGGGACGGGGUGGAUGAAGGCCAAUUAGGUUACUUGCUUUCUGAUAUCGUGGAGGGGUUCCAUCCAUUUUUCCUAUUCUCUUCCUUUGUUCCCUUUUUCUUUUUGUGUUCCCUUUCAUUGUCCGUUAUCACCCUGUCGAGGCGUUUACAUGGGUUAAUUUAAUCUUCGAGUGUGCAAGCUGAGGAUAAAUAGCCUUCUUCCCAUUUUACCCUUGUGUCCACUGUUUGCCCUAUCUUACAGAAAUUCCCGGCACCAAGCCCACGCUGUUGCAAAGGGAAACGGUUUCUGCUUGAGGAGGUAGCAUACUUUCUUUGAACGGGCCGUGUUUAUUUGGUCAAGCGCUGAGGCGUGAAGAAUGCAGCGAUCCCACUGGCAGGUUGUCGUAAACUCGUCUGUGCGAGCUUGCAAAUCCAACCCGCGACGAUUCUAUAGACACUAUGUAUCAGUCUUCUUAAGAUGAGGAGCAAUCAGAGCAAAUCAAUUUCUCUUCUUUUUACA